AUGUUGAUGCUGAACGGAGCGUGCCGAAAGCAGUCUAUGCUACUAAUGAGGAAACUGUCUCCUAGGUAUGGGUCCAGGUAUGCGGACACCCAACACUAUGCGGAAGGUCCCACCGAUUAUACGAUCCCUGCUGGGAUUCCCGGCUCAGGGGUAGGCAAGGGUGGCGGUGCUGGUGGAGCCGUCAGAGAGUCUGGCGGAGGACUGGGCAGGUAUGGUGCAGCCCAGGAAGAAGGAUACUUCCACCAACAACAGAGGGAACAAAUCGAGAAACUCAAGGACAAGUUGAGGCGAGGCGAAGAGAUCGGCUUCUCGCAGAAACCGAAGGAGGAAUAG